AUGUCUGAGGGGGGACCACUGCUGGAGGGCAGCCAGUCGGCCCUCUUGGCGGCCACAGAGGAGUCCACGGUCCACUCCGUCCUGAUGGGAGGUCUGGAGGGCGCAGCACGAGAACGGGGCCUUUUCAGGGGUGGCUCCCCACUUGAGGAAGUCUCUCCCCAGAGGAGCUCGCCAGGCAAAAACAUCCCCUUUUUCCCCAUCGGGUCUUUGGCCUUUGACUCUGGCCUGGCUGUGGUUUUAUACAUUUCUGAGAGUGUUUUUCUUUCGUCAGCUAACAAUUCUGUUUCUAAUUUGGAUCUUGUUGCUUCAAAGCCGUUUCAAAAAAUUUUUAUCACCAUUAAUGGUGAUACUGCAGAUAUCUUAUUUCAUAAUUUUUGCUUCCUUUCAGUUCUGGCGAAGAUCCUGUUCGCUGCCCCGACCAUCGCUGGCAUUGUUGUAGGAGCAGUCUACCUCGGCCAGUGCCCCCAGCAGCCUCUCAUCCCCAUCUACCUGAUCGUCCUGAGUGCGGUUGUCCUUCUGCUGCUGCUCCUCAGCUGCCUGCCCUGUGGGGAUGGCACGGACCGGCCCAACCCCUGGGCCCAGCGCUUCCGGGCCGCCUGCUGCCUCUUCCUCUGCAUCUGGUUCCUGGCAGGCAACGUGUGGGUCUACACCAUCUACCCCCCCAACUACGACCCAGCCGGCCACCCCACCUUCUGCCAGCGCACCAUCUUCCUCUUCGCCUUCGCCGUCACCACGGGCGUCUACGUAGUCCUUGCUGUGGCUCUGCUCGUUGCCCUCUCUGUCCUUCUGGGACUCUUCCUCUUCAUGCCACGCGGGGGGUGUGGCUCUCGGGGGGACCCUUGACAGCCCUUGGGUUGGGUCUCUCUCUUUGGGGGUGUACAUUUUUUGCUACUGUAUUAU